UUCUUCUCCUUCUCUCCCUCCCUCCUUCUCACUCCACUUCGCUUCCCUUUGGCCCAACACGUCCUUAAUCCGUAUUAAAGCCCCAUCCUGAGGCCAAGAGCUCAGUGCUUGCUCGCCUUUCGGGAGUGGCGCAUCUGGGCGACCCUUUGCCCCCCUUGGGCCACCAAAACAGAGAGAGAGAGAGAAAGCCACCCUUCUUCCGCCUUUGCCUCUUGACUGCUGAGAAGAAGUCGGAUUUCCACCCACAACCUUGACUCUUUCCCUCCACGAGAUGCAUUUGUGAACCUUUCCCUCCCUCGCCUCCAAGGGAGGAGGAGAGAUCGAGAAAGGGAUCCACUCGGAGAUCUACCUAUCCCGGGAAAGGAGUCAGCCGGACCAGGGAGAGCUACCUGCGUGGGCUUCAGAGGGGUCUCAUCAUCACUAUUAUUAUUAUUACUAUUAUUUCCUAUUUAUUUCCAUUUUGGUGGGAGAAUAGGAUCUCUGCCUUUCCUUUUUUGCCUGGAAGAAGAAGAAGAGCAAAAGCUUGGACGGCUUUGGGGAUCGAUCUUUUCCUCGAGAUCCCUUCGUCGCAGUUGAAAAGUUUGGGACCCCCGCGUGGGGAGGGCGAAAUGGCCCUUUUGGGAUCUUGCCUCUUCCUCUUCGGGAUGUCGCCCGUCCUCUCCAGCUAUCCCAUCUGGUGGUCCCUGGCCAUCGGCCACCAAUACUCCUCCCUGGGAACGCAGCCCAUUCUCUGCGGAAGCAUCCCUGGCCUGGUGCCCAAGCAGCUCCGCUUCUGCAGGAACUACGUGGAGAUCAUGCCCAGCGUGGCCGAAGGGGUGAAGAUCGGCAUCCAGGAGUGCCAGCACCAGUUUCGCGGGCGGCGGUGGAACUGCACCACGGUCAACGACAGCUUGGCCAUCUUUGGGCCCGUGCUGGAUAAAGCCACCAGGGAGUCGGCCUUUGUCCACGCCAUUGCCUCUGCCGGCGUGGCUUUUGCGGUGACCCGGUCCUGCGCCGAAGGCUCGGCCACCAUCUGCGGCUGCGACACUCGUCACAAGGGGCCUCCCGGCGAAGGGUGGAAAUGGGGCGGCUGCAGCGAGGAUGUCGAAUUUGGAAGCAUGGUGUCCCGGGAGUUUGCAGACGCGAGAGAGAACAGGCCGGAUGCUCGCUCUGCCAUGAACAGGCACAACAACGAAGCUGGAAGGACGUCCAUCAUUGAGCACAUGCACCUGAAAUGCAAGUGCCAUGGAUUGUCGGGCAGCUGCGAAGUGAAGACCUGCUGGUGGUCGCAACCCGACUUCCGGGUCAUCGGUGACUACCUCAAGGACAAAUACGACAGCGCCUCGGAGAUGGUGGUGGAGAAGCACCGGGAGUCCCGUGGCUGGGUCGAGACACUGCGGCCGAAAUACAACUUCUUCAAAGCCCCCACCGAGAGAGAUUUGGUCUACUAUGAGAACUCGCCCAACUUCUGUGAGCCGAACCCGGAAACCGGUUCCUUCGGUACCCGUGACCGGAUCUGCAAUGUCACCUCACACGGGAUCGACGGCUGCGACCUCUUGUGCUGUGGCCGAGGCCACAACACGCGGACUGAGAAGCGGAAAGAGAAGUGCCACUGCAUCUUCCACUGGUGCUGCUACGUCAGCUGCCAGGAGUGCAUACGGAUCUAUGAUGUCCACACGUGCAAGUAAAAGGGGAGACCUUUUGCUUUGUCAGAAGCUCAACCUCGAGACUGAAUGGAGACUGGAAGUAAACACAAAUGUGCACGUAUCCAGAAGCUAAAACUGGUGGGCUCAAAUAUAUCAAAUUUAUUUCUUCUUGGCUCUCACUUCUGGAAGUCC